AUGGAGGAAGGGAUUCCUGAUCAUCCACAAGAAAAUGAAAAGAGCAUGACUUUGGAGGAAAUGUGUUUGGAACUGAAGAGGGCAUUGGAUCAGAAAGAUGAAUAUAUACAAAGACUUCACAAUGAUCAAGAGUCUUUUGAGAAUGAAACUAAGAGGCAGAAUUCUGAAAUAAAACGGCUCCGGGAAGAAAUGCAAAAAUACAGGGUAAAAUAUGAGAGGCUCAGGACUAAAGCCAAAGAACAGAAUUUUGAGGUAAAACGGCUCUACCAGGAAAUAGAACACUACAAGGCAGAAAUAGAAAGGCUGGGCACUAAAGUUGAAAAGCUCUACCAAGAAAAUGCCAAAUACCAUGCUGAAACUGAGACACUCCGAGCCGAAGCCAAAGAACAGGCCCUUGAAAUAAAAAGACUCUGCCAAAGGAAGAGUUCGACAGACAAUGAAUCAUUUGAAUGGAAUGAUGAGGAUUUAACUGGAGAAGAUUCUAAAUCCCCAAAUGUGUCCCAGAUGACAAAUCACCCAGAAUUUGCUCCUGUUCUUAAAAAGUAUAAUAUUGGUCAACUUCUUGGUGAAGGAAGUAAUGGUGAAGUAAGGAUGGCAACAAGGAAGUCUGACAAUGCAACUGUGGCUAUAAAAAUUAUUGCACUGAGCUCAGGAUCCAAAUGGAUUGAUGUGCCAGGUCGAAAAGGAAAAGUUCCUUUAGAAGUGGGACUGCUGAAGCGUGUAUGCGCAGUGCCUGCUUGUCAAAGUAUUAUCCAGAUGCAUGAAUAUAUCCUCAGACGAAAAUAUAUUUUUAUAUUUAUGGAGCUGCUGGAGUCUUCCAUGAGUCUUGAAGACUACAUAUACAAAAACAUUGGACCCAUGAAUGAAGAGAAAGCAAAGCAUGCCUUCCGUCAGAUUGUGCAGGCAGUGCUGCACUGCCAUUCACGGGGAGUGUUUCACAAUGACAUCAAACCUAAUAAUAUCAUGUAUCAGACUACCACUGGUCAGAUUAAACUGAUCGAUUUUGGGUAUGGUGAUUUGUUACAUGAAGAAAAAUAUAAAUAUGCUCCUGGCACUCUUGAAUACUGGCCUCCAGAAUGGUGCUUAUUCAAGAAGUACAAGGCAGAGCCAGUCACUGUGUGGACACUGGGUGUUACUCUGUUUGAACUGCUGUGUGGGAAAAUGCCAUUUAAAGGAAAACUUGAAAUUAUGGAGUGUAAAAUUUUCAUCACGAGAGAGGUCUCAGUAGAUUGCAAGGAUAUAAUCGAGAAAUGCCUUUGUUUCCGUCCAAGGGACCGCCCUACUCUGAAGGAUAUUCUGAAUCAUCCCUGGCUCUGCUAA